GGAAAUCUCCUCGUCUUUUACUGGUAUACAAGUCCACACGUCUGAUGUUCUGGGAGGUUCUGGGGUGAUGUAUCACUUAAUUGCUCCACUUUUACUCGUGCUUGAAGGCUGAAAUUCAUUUUAUCAGGUGAACGAAUGACGAGAGAAGGAAAGACUUUUGGUCAUACCUUCAGCUUCUUGUCCUGGUGAUCAGAUUUAAAGAAGAGAGAAAAUGUUCCUGCCCCAGAGAUCUCUGCAGAUGGUUACAUUUUUUGCAAUCUUUUUUCUUGCCUGUUUUGCAACGUGUCAAGACACUGAAAAUAGAAGAGCAGUGACGGAGCACCAGCUCAUGCAUGACAAGGGGAGGGCAUUUCAAGGGCUGAAGCGCCUGAUGUGGCUCCACAAUGCCCUAGGUAGUGUGCACACAGCCAGCAGCAGGGAUAUUUCCCUUUCAAAUGCCAUAUGGGGUUCACAGAAGACCAGAGAUCCCUCAGAUCUCUACAACAGCAUCAGCAGAGAUGAGACUUCAAACCUGAUGAAGCAGCUCCUGAAACUGAUGGAAGAUGAGCAAAACUUCCCCCCACUGAAGAAGCAGCAUUUGCUGCAGAAUCUGAAGACCCCAGAGGGUAACUGGAACCCACAAGAUGUUUUUGCUCUCCUUCAAAUCAAAGAAUUUGGCAGAAAGAGAAAUCCGAGCAACCAGCCACAGAACUUUUCCCACUAGCCUCCAUCCAGCUCAGCCUCUGCACUGCUUUAGAUACGUGAUGUUAUAAGGAAAAGCACUCCUGCAAAGGUGUGCUGAAAAAGACAAGUAGUGUCUAUUUGUUCCAUUACCUAUUUGUGAGUGUCGAACAGAGAGUCUUUUAAGGACCUGGGUUCCCUCCCUGGCAGGCAGUCUGACAAUUAUGAUUGUGAGAUGCAGUGAUUUUUAAGAGGCCAGAAAUCUUGCUUUUCAUGGCAAGGCCCUCCCUGUCUGUUAGCAGUAAAUUGCAGGGCUGUGGCGGAUUUCUGUAGCCCAG